AUGGGAAAACAGAACAGCAAGCUGCGCCCAGAGGUCAUGCAAGACUUGCUGGAAAGCACGGACUUCACGGAGCACGAGAUCCAGGAAUGGUACAAAGGCUUCUUGAGAGACUGCCCCAGCGGACACUUGUCAAUGGAGGAGUUUAAGAAAAUUUACGGGAACUUUUUCCCUUACGGGGAUGCCUCCAAGUUUGCAGAGCACGUCUUCCGCACCUUUGAUGCCAACGGAGAUGGGACGAUAGACUUUAGAGAAUUCAUCAUAGCCCUGAGCGUAACGUCAAGGGGGAAGCUGGAGCAGAAGCUGAAGUGGGCCUUCAGCAUGUAUGACCUAGACGGAAAUGGCUACAUCAGCAAGGCAGAGAUGCUGGAGAUUGUGCAGGCGAUCUAUAAGAUGGUUUCCUCCGUAAUGAAAAUGCCUGAAGAUGAGUCGACCCCAGAGAAGAGGACAGAAAAGAUCUUCCGCCAGAUGGACACCAAUAGAGAUGGAAAACUCUCCCUGGAAGAGUUCAUCCGAGGGGCCAAGAGCGACCCGUCCAUCGUGCGCCUCCUGCAGUGCGACCCCAGCAGCGCCGGCCAGUUCUGA